UAGUGUCAAAACAUAUUUAUGCCAUUUAUUAAUUUAUUUAUUACGAAUGUUUUGUAUUAUACUAUUUAUACUAGAUGUAUACAUUUUAAUACUUCAAAAUGAGUGAUAAACCCGGGAAAGAGGAAAUGAUACCGAUGGAAGCAUUGGACGGUGUGACAUCAGAUUCUAAAGAGAGUACUUUACCUCCUAAAAGUAAUACGGAUCGAACAUUUAGAGAUGGCGUUCGUAAAAUAGAUCUAAUCCUUGUUGUGAAAGAUGAAGAAAACGUUAUAGGUGACACUAUGAGAAAAGAUUUUCUCACCAACAUUGUUAAAAUGGGAUUUGAAAUAGAAUAUGAAAAUGGUGUGUUACCGAUUCACAAGAAGUUAAUAUUUUUUAAAGUGCAUUGUCCGAAUGAUGUUCUCAACAAUUUAGGAAAUGCGUUUGGUGUAAAAUGCCUUCAGAUAGGUCGAGCCGACCACAUAAUGUCACAUAAAGAGCGUGAUUGGAUAAAUGUAGUAAGAUUACAAUAUACUCAACCAUUGCAAUAUUCGAGCUUGGACCGAAGCCUCAUUGUUUAUAUGGCAUUGUUGAACCUUCCAUUUGGAAACCGACAAAACUAUAUAGGACUGGAAAGGUUAAUAAAACGCAAUAUCGUGAUAGAUGCAUACGCGUUGCACGACGGACCGUACUUCAUUCCACGAGACGCUACAAGUAUUAAUGCUCGUCAGAUCCUAUUUUAUAAUUGGGCCGGUGUCACGAAUAUAUUUACGAGACAGCCAUUAAACUUGGUUCAUGAAUACUUUGGACCAAAGGUUGCCAUGUACUUCGCUUUUUAUGGACUUUACAAUCUAUUUCUAGUAAUCGCCUCCAUAAUGUCUCUAAUAACACUCUAUUUAGCGAUAUAUAAAAAUCCAACCUACAUGAAUGUAAAAGAAGAAUUUUGUGAAUGCGAACAUCAUAUAUUCUGCCUCAAAUGUGGCAAAACACUUACGUAUUGUUAUACUUUGCCAGUAAAGAAUUUAUGCAAUAUUUUUUCAUUGAAUAUCUUAGUGGAUCAUAAGUAUACACCACAUUUCUCGGCGUUCAUCAUUCUCUGGGGUAUCUUUAUGACGGCUUAUUGGAUUGGAAGAGAAAAAUUUUUGUACUGGGUAUGGGAAACACCAAAUAAGGAUUACAAUAGAAAACAAACAAGACCAGAGUUCAAGUUUAAUUUUGACACAGCGCCAAGGUCAAGAAAAACAGGCAUUGUCUUGAUUGGCAAAACUAUAACUGCUAAAAUAAUAACCUUAAUAUGCUAUAUCAUUCUCAUUGUAUUGGCUGUAAUUGUUUGUGCCAUCAUUUUAGAACAAAGAAAGAAGCAAGAUAAAAACUAUAUGAUAAAUAAUAAGAUUCGUGAUCCAGACGUUAUAAUUCCGAGGAUAAUUCAUACCAUGGUCGGUUUCGCCUUAGUCCUCUUCGUCAUUGGUAUCAUUGAAAGGAAGUUUGCGUAUUUGAUAGUCCGUAGAGAAAAUCAUAAAAACUACAAAUCUAUCAGCCGAUCCCUUAUAAAACACCUUUAUGUAAUGUGUUUUCCUUUGCCUAUGAUAGUGCUUGGGUACUUUGGAUUUCAAAAGAUAAUUUUCAAACUGUAUACCGGUAUGGAAAAACAUGUCACUGGUGGACCACCAAACAGUUAUAAUUUUGGAAUAUUUUUAAGCCCGUGUUUGGUGACAUCGUGCCUCUACGAGCUUUCCAUUGCAUUUCCAAUUGUUCUAAUUCUAAGAUUUGUAUUAUUGAGAAAAUUGUCACUUUACUCGAGUUUGACUGAUUAUAAUCAAGGUACACUAGUCCAAAACGUUCCGUGCUGGGAGAGAGACAUGGUUCUACCUCGAUUUAAAGAAAAAUUCCUAAUUAACAGAAUGAAAAUUCUUGUAAUGCAGUUCACCUUGAUCAUGUCCUUUGGUUUCGCCUGUCCGCCCGCCAUAGUGAUUGUAUUGUUCUUCAACAUCUAUGACAUGAGACGUGAUGCAGAAUUGUGUAUACUUCACUACCGAAGACCUCUGCUUUUUAAAAACAAAACCUUCAAGAUAUGGACUAACAUUUUAAAACUUAUGGUUUAUACAGCAAUCGUUUUAAACGUUGUGUCAUUAGUGUGCUCCACAGAUACAAUACAGGUGCAUUUAACUGAGCAAAGAGAGAAGCCCGGCAAUGUUACGCUUGAUCAUUAUCUCGGCAUCUUUUUUCGGCAUGAACAUGCAUUACUCUGGUCCUAUUAUUAUGACCACUAUGCAUGUUGUAAUGCGCGUGGAUUCCCUCAUGUUCGAAGUAGCAACUUUUCCAAAAUUCCAAGUCAUAAAACUAUGUUGACUCUCGACGAAUUAAGAUUUUAUCAAUAUUUGUACAUAUUCAGUUUUGAGGUGGUAAUGUUUGCAGUAUUCAUGCUAUUGCAGUACAUAUUCUCAGUUGAUGUUGACGAACUGGAGAUUCCAAAAAAACUAAUUCAACAACAACGUGAUGCGAAAACUUUACAAAAUAUUACUGAAUAAUUUUU